AUGGUCCAGUUCUGGUUCGACCUUCCCGAACCAUUUCCGAACCCCGAACCCAUUGUCGACUUCGACUUCAACUAUGACGACGUCAAAGUGUCAUCUUCUGGAUUUGCACUAUUGGACACCUGUCUCACAAGAUUUUCAAACCAUGCUGAUCCAAAUCGUUGCCCACCAUUCGCAGUUCUGAAUUCAUGA